AUGGUUGUAUGUAAUGUACCUUAUCUACAUACAGAACAAUUCAUAUAUAAGCAAGAAGAAGAAGAAGAAGGAGGAGGAGGAGGAGGAGAGGAGGAGGAAGGGGAGGGAGAGGAGGAGGAAGGGGAGGGAGAAGAGGAAGAAGAGGGAGAAGAGGAAGAGGAGGAAGAAGAGGAAGAAGAAGAAGAUAAGGAGAAAGAAGAGAGCAGCAAAAACAAUAGUAACAGUACAAAGGAUACGAGAUUAUUAAGUAACAAUAAUAAUAACAGCAGCAACAGCAGCAGCAGCAGCAACAGCAGCAGCAACAGCAGCAGCAGGAGGAGGAGGAAGAAAGGGAGUAAGCUAGUAUGGUGUAAGGAUAAUAAGAAAGAACCUGCAUUAUUAUUAUUAGGUUGUGAUGGUUUAUUUGAUGUAAUGGAUGAUGAUGCUGCUGCUGCAUUUAGUUUGGGGUGUAUACGCACAAUUGCUGCUGAAUAUCCAGCAGCAACUGCAGCAGAUGCAGCAGAAGCAGCAGCAAGAGCUCUUGUUCAUGAAUCUAUUUCCUUAAGGAUGAGUGGGGAUAAUGUAUCUAUUAUUAUUUGUCUCCUGCAGCAACCACAAGACUUAUUACGUAAAUAUAAGCCUCCUCCUCCUCCUGCUGCUGCUGCGGCUGCUGCGGCAACUGCUGGUAGUGCUGCUGCGGCAGGUGCAGCAGCAGCAACAGCAACUGCUGCUGCAGCUAAUGGUGUUGCUGCUGCUAGUGGGGUUAGGGCAGAUAUGAAUCAUCAUAUGAUAUACACUACAGGGAAAGUACAACCUACUAGCUGUCCUGCAGCAGCAGCAGCAACAGCAGGAACUGCAACACCAGCAGCAGCAGCAGCAGCAGCAGCAGCAGCAGCAGCAGAUAGUAAUCCAGUUUGGCAACAUGUUGCUUAUGGAGGUCCUAGACAAUGUGCUGCAGAUGUACCAACACACUUUGCUGCAGCAACACCUCUUGCAGCAGCAGCAGCAGCAGCAGGAACACCUGUAGCAGCAGCAGUAACACCUGCAGCAGCAGCAGCAACAACACCAGCAGCAGCAGCAGCAACACCUGCAGCAGCAGCAGCAGCAACAGCAACACCUCCAUGUGAAGGCCCAGUUGGGGGCUCAUUUUUAUCAAACACACCAGCAGCAGCAGCAGCAGCAGCAAAAGAAGCAGCAGCAGCAGCAGCAACUGCAGCAACAGCUGUAGCAUCAGCUUGCAGUACCCAGAGUGAUGAGGAGCAUAGUCCUAUCAACAGCAGCAACAGCAGCAGCAACUGCAGCAGCAGCAGCAGCAACAGCAGUGAUGUGCCUGUCAUGUGUGGGGUGACGGUUCGUUCUUAUCAAAAAGAGACAGUGUCUCCAUCCCCUGCAGCAGCAGCAGCAGCAGCAGCAGCAACACCAGCAGCAGCAGCAACACCAGCAGCAGCAGCAACACCAGCAGCAGCAGGAGUACCGGGUGCUGAGGGAGGUGCAGUAGCACUAUCUGAACAGCAGCAGGAGCAGUUGCUGAUGCUGCUGCAGCAGCAGCAGCCACUAUGUGAGCCACCAGCAGCAAUUGAUGAGCAGCAGCUGCUGCAGUCCUUAGAGACACACCAACGUUUGCUGCAGCAGCAAUACCUGUCGCAGUCGCAGCGGCAACGUGCAGCAGCAGCAGCAGCAACAGCAGCAACAGCAGCAGCAGCAGCAGGAAGCAGACCUCCAGUGACACCUGCUGCUGCAGUGACACCCCAAGGGAGACAUCUUUAUCAGAGACCUGCAUGCUAUGGUGCAGCAGCUCCUUGGGUUGCUUCUGUGCAGCAGCAGCAGCAGCAACAGCAGCAGCAGCUGCAGCAGCAGAUGCAGCAACAGAUGCAUCAUCAGAUGCAUCAACAAGUGCAGCAACAGAUGCUGCUGCAGCAGCAGCAGCAGCAGAAGCAAGGAGGCAGCACAGCAUUAUGGGCACCACAGCUAGCAGCACAAGAAAAAGUGUCUCCUUCUUCUCUUGUAUUAGAGACAAAAAGAAAUAACAUAAAGGAGACAGCAGCAGCAGCAGCAACAGCAGCAACAGCAGCAGCAGGAGCAGCAGCAGCAGCAGAUCCAUUUGCAUGCGGCAGAGACACCAAGCGUGUUGCAGGGGCCUACGGACUAUCGCAAUAA